AUGUUGCUAGCCCGGGUAGUUUCCACAAUCUGCUCUACUGCGCCCAGGAGUGCUGUCACACCUUUCAAACGAUUACUCAACGCACCAGCAGCGAGUGGCGAGCUUCAAGAUGCAUUUCUCGAACCCGUAGAAGGUCGCCCAGGAGUGUCCUAUUUAUCGUUGAAUAGACCAAAAGCAAGAAAUGCUAUUUCAGUGCGAAUGUUAGAGCAAAUAAAGCAAGCAUUAGACACGGCGCAAAAGGAUAAGAGCCUGCGUACUUUGAUAGUACGAUCUACGAGUCCUGGAGCGUUCUGUGCCGGCGCCGAUCUAGUUGAACGGAAAUCCAUGAGCAAGGAAGAAGUAGAUGCAUUUCUGGCAAAUUUAAGAGCCGCCUUCUGCUCCCUGGAGGACCUCCCUAUUCCUACCAUCGCUGCAAUUGAUGGACCCGCUCUUGGCGGUGGUCUCGAAAUGGGCUUGUGCUGUGAUUUGAGGGUUGCAGGCUCUACGGUAACAAAGAUCGGCCUGCCCGAAACGAGGCUUGGAAUUAUACCUGGGGCUGGAGGUACACAGCGUGCUGUACGCCUCUUAGGAUUGCCCCGUGCAAAGGCACUUGUUUAUACAGGUCGAGCACUGGAUGCCAAGGAGGCGCUUUCCUGGGGAAUUGUUGACUACGUCUCAAACGAUGGACAGAGUGCUACUGAGCGUGCACUCGAGCUCGCUGACGAGAUGAGUAGUAGUGCCCCGCUGGCACUGCGUGCAGCAAAGCGGGCUCUUUCCGUUUCGCCAGAUCUGUCACUCGCUGAAGGGCUCGAUCUUGAACGGGCAUGCUACGAACCACUUCUGAGUAGCAAGGAUAGAACCGAAGCGUUGACUGCGUUCCAAGAAAAGCGAAAACCAGUGUUUAGGGGGGAGUAA